CCUUGUCCCAUCGCGCCGCCGCCACCCACUCACCAUUCCCCUCGGGAUCUUCCCAGAUCCACCUCGUAGCCAGCCCGAGCUCCACCUAAUUUUCCCCACUGGACCAACUCCAUCGAUCCAUCCCCUCCAACCAGAGAUCCCCACGGCCCUCGUCGUCCCAGCAGCAGCACCGGAGCCACCUCGCGUCUCCUCCUCCCGUUCCUUCUUUCUUUCACCUGUUGCCGGGCUCAUCUCUCUCUCUCUCUCGUACUGGACAGGAGAGCAGCCAUGGCCGUCCGUCCAUGGAAGUGAGCCGCGCCGCCCUGGUCACCUGCGACCUUGGGUUGCCUCCGUGUCGUCCUCACCGCCCACUGGAGCCGAGGCCGUCGCCUCCUAAGUUCGUCGCGCCGCUACUGGGUUCGCCGGAUCCGCUGCCUCCCGGCACCCCUUCCUCAACCGCGCCUACAACCCCUGCCUCCCUCGCGCGCCAAGUUCGCGUCGUCGCUCUCCCGAACCGCCGCAACCUGCAGGAGCUUCAAGAGACGAACGCAGUCGCCAGGACCCGGCCAGAUCCUGCCGUUCCCGCUCCUCCUCGUGCGCCAAGUCCGCCCAGCCGCCCGCUGCGCCCGCUCGCAGCGCCAGUCGCCGCCCUCCGCUGCUGCUUUGCCGCCGUCCAGCCGUGCCGCCGUUCCCCUGUUUCCUCUGCUUCAUGUACGAGCGAGGAGAACGACCGCGUGUUCACCCCGAGCGUUGACCGCGCCUCUAGCGCCAUCGUGGGCCGCGUGAGCAAGGCCUAGCCCAGCCGCUGCUAGAACCAAACCGCACCACAGAACGGGCCAAGCCCAUGGGUGAGCUCCCCACAACCUUCUUCGCUAUUUGGCGCCAUGGGCGUGUGAUAGUCAUGUUGCGCCUAUUACCCUGUUGGCCCGUUUGCUCAGUUUCAGCCCGUAAUGUUUUUUUAGUUCUGCAAAUUUAGUAUUUAUUCCAGGGAACUGCAGUUUUACAGAAAAACCCUCCAUGUUCAUUCAUUUAAUAUCUCACAAACCGUGCAUCGGAUUAAAAUAACUUAUAUAUGAAAAAUGCUUAGAAUUGCAUCUAGUUUC